UACCGCUAACGCUCGGAGACGCACAGUAGCGCUGUAGCGGUUCGUCGUCGUAGUCGACGCGUAGACAAUAAUAAUAAUAAUAAUAACAUUUUAUUAUACUCGAAUAAAAUACAUCAUUAAAACGGGUCCGCCGCCUCCGACGACGGYGAGAAGAACUAUUGUGUGACUGGGUCUUUCCCUACUCGUUUACGCAACUGGCGACGGCGACUACCAACCAACUCGACUCGGAUUUACAAUUGUUUUUUUUCUUUCUUUAUUACCAAGCUUAUUUUUUAUAAUAUUGAUAAGCUACUCGUCUGCAGUAAGUUGUAGUUACCCACAAUCUAGUAUCUAUAUUCUACGUGCUAUAGGUACCGUUGUCGUUCGUUUAUACCCGAAUGUAAUUAAUAAUAAUAAUAAUAAUAAUAAUCAUUAUUAUUAUUAUUAUUAAUCAGUGGUACUAGUGGUAGUCUACACUGGACGCUUGUGAAUAAAUUGUUGAUAGUGUCGCCAACGCCGCACAAGCGCCAACGACCAGCGUUUUCGCCGGCAUAGACGGCCGAUUCGUGGCAAACGAGCUUUGCGCAAAACCCGACCACCACCGCCACUGCGAGACGGGCAGAAUGACGAUUACCUCUACUCGCUAAUCACCGCGAUUCUCGGCAAUACUACGAUAACGUUUAACUGUAAUUUGGUAAUAAUAAUAAAUAUUUACUCUACACUGUCUAGUAGAGCUUAUAAGUUAUAAUACGUAGCCACUGUCUAGCCGCGAGUGUYAGUUUUUCAGUUUUCCACCUCCACCUACACCGUCGCUGGUGAGCGUGUGUGUGUGUGCGAUUGUGAUUGUGAUUUGCGAGAAACAGUGUUUGUGUGCGUGCGUGCACUUUAGCGAGCCUCGACGUCCUAGUUCCGAUAUCGUUUCGUAUUGUUUUUCGUUUGUGCCUCAAACCGGACUUCCGCCUUCACAUUGCCGCAGUUAAAGUAUAGCAUCGCCAACUCUGAGAGUUCAGUGCGAGGUGCGAACUGAUAUUUUUACUUCGCUUUUGCCCGCCACCACUUCUCUAUUGUGCUUAAUUCAAUCUUAGGGUUUAACAUCUAUCUGUCCGUUGAUAUGACCACCACUGCUGUGAUCGCGUGGAAGUGAGCGUGAGCUCGAUCAGCUCUCUAUCAGCCGCCUGACAAACCAUAUCAACAGUCUUAUUGCAGACUCUCACUGCUCCACUUCAAUGCCCACCACGUCAAACACAGAAUGAUGAACGGUGUACCAAAGAAACGCACCAACUUGCGCAUCAAAGCUUUCCCGAUGUCAAUGGAUGAUAAAUUGAUUGAUAAUAUUUGGGUGUUAUUGAAAAAUGCUAUUCAAGAAAUUCAAAAGAAAAACAAUUCUGGUCUAAGUUUUGAAGAACUGUACCGAAAUGCUUAUACCAUGGUAUUGUUGAAACAUGGUGAGAAAUUGUAUACUGGCAUGAAAGAAGCUGUAAUAAGCCAUUUAGAAAAUAAGGUUAGAGAAGAUGUUCUAAAGGCAUUAAAUAACAAUUUUUUACAAGUUUUAAAUGUUGCUUGGAAUGACCAUCAAACUUCUAUGGUGAUGAUACGUGAUAUUUUGAUGUACAUGGACCGAGUUUAUGUUAAACAUAAUGAAGUUGAUAAUGUUUAUAAUUUGGGUCUUGUUUUGUUUCGCGAUCUAAUUGUUCGCUAUGGGUAUAUYCGUGAUCAUCUUCGAAUGACUCUGUUGAAUUUGAUAAAACUUGAAAGAAAAGGUGAAGUAAUUGAUAGAAUAGCCAUUAAAAAUGCAUGUCAAAUGUUAAUGAUUCUUGGAAUUACUGGACGUAUGGUUUAUGAAGAAGAUUUUGAAAAACCGUUUUUGGAACAAUCUGCUGAAUUUUAUAAAAUGGAAAGUCAAAAGUUUUUAGAUGAGAACAGUGCGUGUAUUUAUAUUAGAAAAGUUGAAUCUAGAAUUAUAGAAGAAUCAGAACGAGCAAAACAUUACCUAGAUGAUUCAACUGAGAGUCGAAUUGUUGAAGUUAUUGAAAUAGAACUAAUUAAAAGGAAUAUGAAAACCAUUGUUGAAAUGGAAAAUUCUGGUGUUGUAUACAUGUUAAAGAACAACAAAAUUGAUGAUUUAGCAUGCAUGUACAAGUUAUUAUCACGGGUUUCUGAAGGUUUAAAAACUAUGUCUGAUUGUGUUAGUCAGUAUUUACGGGAAUUAGGAAAAUCACUCGUACAAGAACAAGAUAUUAAUACUAAUGCAGUCAACUAUAUUCAGUUAACUGAAAAUGAUGUAGAAUUAGUCUUGGACAAAGCUAUGGUUAUUUUUCGCUUUCUUCAAGAAAAAGAUGUAUUUGAAAGGUAUUAUAAACAGCAUUUAGCAAAGAGAUUACUUUUAAAUAAGUCUGUCAGCAAUGACAAUGAAAAAAAUAUGAUCUCAAAACUCAAGACUGAGUGUGGCUGUCAAUUCACAUCAAAACUGGAAGGUAUGUUUAAAGAUAUGUCCAUAUCUAAUACUAUCAUGGAAGAAUUUAAAGAAUAUGCUGCUAAGUCUAAUAAUCGGUACUUACAUGCUGUGGAUCUUACUGUGAGAGUAUUAACUACAGGGUUCUGGCCUACCCAUGCAUUAUCGAAGUGUAAUGUACCAUUAGUUCCUAGGAGUGCUUUUGCAGAAUACCGACUAUUUUAUUUGGGGAAACAUAACGGACGACAACUAACAUUGCAACCACAACUUGGAUCAGCUGAUUUGAAUGCUGUAUUCUAUGGUCCAAAACGAUCAGAUAAUGAAUUAUCGACAAGUAUAUCUUCAGCUAAUUCCCUCAACCCAACUACUGUGCGAAAACACAUAAUUCAAGUGUCGACAUAUCAGAUGUGUAUUCUUUUAAUGUUCAAUACUCAUGAAAAAUUAUCUUUUGAAGAUAUACAAAGUGAAACUGAUAUUCCUGACAAAGAUUUAAUAAGAGCAUUACAAUCAUUAGCAUUAGGGAAACCUUCACAGCGUAUACUUUUGAAAACUCCUAAAUGUAAAGAAAUAGAAUUAAAUCAUGAAUUCUGUGUUAAUGAAUCAUUUACUUCAAAAUUGCAUAGAGUGAAAAUUCAAACAGUUGCAGCUAAAGGUGAAACUGAACCAGAAAGAAAAGAAACUAGAAGCAAGGUAGAUGAAGACCGUAAGCAUGAAAUUGAAGCUGCUAUUGUACGCGUUAUGAAAUCUCGGAAAAAAAUGAUUCAUAAUGCCCUUGUGUUAGAAGUUGUAGAACAACUCAAAGUCAGAUUCUUACCUUCUCCUGUUAUUAUCAAAAAAAGAAUCGAAGGACUGAUUGAAAGAGAAUACCUUGCAAGAUCAGCUGAAGAUAGACGAACUUAUCUUUAUGUUGCAUAAAAUGUGUAUUUUAAAUUGUAUAUUAAGUCUUCCUAUGUAAAAAUUGACAACUAAAUAUUUGUACAGUAUCUUCUAGCUAAAAUGUACCGCUAAUUAUUUCAGAUGGAUGACCUUUGAUUAAAAUGUGGUUAUGGUAAGUGAAAUUAGGUACCUGUAAUACACAUUUUGAGAAAAUUUCAAUAGUUUCAAGCGGAUUUAGGUAAACCAUUUUUGUUUAAAGUUUUUUUUUAAAUUGAAUAAUGGACCAAGUUGAUAUGUAAUUUGAAUAAUCCAUUCAUCUUUUGUUAACAAAUCUUUGUUUUUCUUUGCUAAUUUUAUUUGAUUCCUUUCAAUUGACAUAAAUUUACAUACUUUUUGUAUAAAAAAUGUAAUAAUUAGUAACAUAAUUUUGUUAUCAACAGGAAUUAUUUUUAGAUUCCAAUUCUAAUAUUGUCAGCUUAGUAAUUAUAACAAUAUAAUCAACCAAUUUUUUGAAUAAAAAUCAGUCCAACUUAUCUGUUUAAAUAAAUUGAUUUUGUUAAAGAAAAUGGUUAGGUUAUGUAAGAAAUUGUCUCAAAAUGUAUAUUUAAUGCUCCUGAAAAUCUAAUUUCUGUCUAAUUUUAUCCAUUUGUAAUAGUGGUACCUCUAUCAUGAUAACACAUUUACAUAUUAAAUUAGGGACUCGUUCCUAUUAAAAAAAAAAAUCAUUGGAGUAAAUGAACAAAAUAUAC